GUUGCCGCGCCGCGCCGCGCCGCGCCGCGCCGCUUGAUUGAUUACGGACAAGAUAGAGAGGGCCCAGGGCUAGGGGCGGUCACGACAAAGACAGACAUCAGGUAGCUUCUGGCAAUGCAUUGUGUCCUUUUAAUAUAACUUCAAACUUGGUAAUCGGUAAUCAGAUCCAGUGCGUGAAAGGAUUGCCGGCAGCCAUGGAGACAAAGACGUCCGUUACCCUCGGCAUCAUGUCUGUCAUUCUACUCUUUGCCAUCCCUGUCCUUCACUUCCUGGCAUUUGGGUUGUUGAUCUACUUCGUUGUAAUCGUUACCAUGGCAUUGACCCAAGAUGGCGACCUCUUACUCAUGCUUUAUGAGCAGUGGGGUCAGGACGGAUCCAAUCUACGGGGCAAAGUUGCAUGGAUAACAGGAGCCUCAAGUGGUAUUGGUGAAGCGCUCUCCUAUGAAUUGGCACGAAAGGGAGUGAAGUUGAUUCUGUCAGCACGCAGGGAGAAGGAAUUGGAACGGGUCAAGCAGAGAUGUGUACAGACAUCUGAGCUGACAGAUGAUGAUGUCCUUGUACUACCCCUGGACGUGAGGGACUAUGAAUCCCACAAGGGAUGUGCAGACAAAGCAUUGGGCCAUUUCAAGAAGGUCGACAUUUUGGUGAAUAAUGCCGGCCGCUCCCAGCGAUCUCUCGCCGUCGAGACCAGCUUGGAAGUCGACAAGGCCGUCUUUGAACUUAACGUGAUUGGCCAGCUGUCUGUUACCAAGGCGAUCCUCCCGCACAUGCUUGCUCGAAAGGAGGGGCACAUUGUGAAUAUAUCGAGCGUUGCUGGCAGGAUAUCACCCGAACUAAGCAGUGCGUAUUCUGCCUCGAAACAUGCUCUGAUGGGUUAUUUUGGUGCAUUUGCAUAUGAAAAUCAAGAACUAUGCAUCACCAAUGUCUGCCCUGGGCCAAUUGAGAGCAGUAUCGUUACCAAUGCAUUUGGCAAAGAUCUCAAUGCGCCCAAGUUUGAAUAUGGCAGCAAUACGGCAGAGCGUAGCGGGGCUUCUAUGCAAACGGCCGAGCGCUGUGCUUCGCUGAUUGUCGUCGCUGUGGCAAACAAGUUGUCUGAAGUCUGGAUCUGUAAGAACAUUGUGAUGAUUUUGAUGCUCAUGAACCAGUGGGCACCACUGCCGACUGCAUGGAUCAAGAAAAUAGUGUACGGAAACAAGAGGAUUGAAGAGUUCAAGAAAUCUCAGGUCAACUGAAUGCAGUAUUCUAGUUGAAGACAUCUCAUAGCCCAAGUUGAUCGUAAAUUUCAUCAGUACUCUAUGCAUUUUAUACAAUUUUUUGAUACGUGUAAUGAAUAAUAAGAUAAUGUGAACACUCCUGUGCUUUAAACUUGUGCUUGAAUUUUUCAUAUUGUGUUGUAUAUGAUUGGAACUUUUUCAUGUUAUUAUUAUUAUAAUUGGUUAAUUAACAAAAUGCAUUUGUAGCCCGCAGGCUAAAUUACAGCAAAGUUCAAUUUAAAAAAACAUAAAAAAAUUGAAGGAUUUCAAUUCAAUAUAAAGUUUUAUUGUAGAGGGAUGCAUUUACAAUUGAAGUCAAGUCAAGAAAUUUUUUAAAUAAGAUUUGAAACUUUGCAUGGCAGUAAAGUGUAAAGUAGUGAGGGUUUACAGUAACACCAUAUAUCGACAAAUCUUUUUUGAGAAGAUGUGUGGUUCUAGAAAAGAACCAGUUGGUUGUGAACUAGGCGUUCUGAUCCGUAUACGUUGAUCGUCUUCAGGAGAAAGCCGGAUGGAGUGGAUAGGGCUGCAUGUAUAGAGCUGGAUCAUUACUGAGGCAUGGAGUUGUGGAUGCUGGUAGUUGGCUGCCCCCAACCAACUGCAUCCUCACCGCCUCGGCUCAGCGAUCAGCCUCCACCAGCAACCAGCCAACUACCAUGACUACAGUCAACUCUCAUUAAUACAAACUCGGCCAGACCUAGCCAAAAUGGUUGUUAUAUCAGAACUUUGUAUAAAGAGGAGCAUCAAUCCCAGUCAUUGUGCACAUACUGGUAAAUGCACAGUCAGGACCAAGGCUUUAUGUUUGCUAUAACGAGAAUUUGUAUUAACACUGUUUGUACUAGUCGACGAUGAGAGUCAACUGUACAUUCAUCAGCAUCCACAACUCCACGCCUCAGUUAUCAUCCAGCCCUGUAAAUGCAGCCCCUUCCACUCUGUCCGGCUUUCUCCGGAAGAUGUUCAGAGCAUACUGAUUGGAACGUUAAGUUUCAAACCAACCGGUUCUUUUUCAGAACCACACAUCUUACCGCAAACCCUCACAAUUUUGAGAUUUUUUUUAUUGUGGUUAAUUACAGUUUUGUAAGGAGAAUUUACGUACAAAGUCAGAAGACAAACCAAAGAUGUAGAGUGCCAGGCUGAAAUUUGUUGUCCAGGCUGACUUGAACUUUGUGGACAUAAUGUGAUGUAUUCAAUUAAAUAUUAUUGCAUGGAUUAUUUUGGUAAUUUCAAGAUUUUUGAAAUACAAACAUCAGGAAUGAUUUGUAGAUAUGAUAAUUUAUUGUUAACAUAUUUUUUUUGCCAUUGUAAUUGAAUAAAGCAUUCGUAUAAAAUUGA